AUGCUAUCGUCGCAGGCCGCCUCCUUCCGACUUCCAGACACGCUCGCUGCCUGGCCGUGGACUCGUCGUAUCAACCCUCACUAUGCAGAAGUAAAGGAGGCUUCUGCCGCAUGGUUGGAGUCAUUCCAUGCCUUCGGUCCCAAAGCCCAAAGGGCUUUCAAUCUUUGCGACUUCAACCUUUUGGCCUCGCUUGCCUAUCCUAUUGCUAGCAAAGAGCAACUCCGCACUGGCUGCGACCUCAUGAACGUCUUUUUCGUGUUUGACGAGUAUUCCGACGUUACCGACGAGAAGACCGUUCAAGGCCUCGCUGAUAUUAUCAUGGAUGCUCUUCGUAAUCCUUUCGCGCCUCGCCCAGCCGGAGAAAAUGUUUUGGGGGAGAUCACGAGGCAAUUCUGGGAACGGGCGAUCCAAACGGCGAGCCCCGCAUCGCAGCGACGUUUUAUCGCGACCUUCGACACCUACUGCCAGUCAGUCGUGCAGCAGGCAGCGGACCGCGAUGUACAGCAUGUGCGGACCAUAGACAGCUACUUCGAGAAUAGGCGCGAGAACAUUGGCGCGAGGCCGUCGUUCGCCCUCCUCGAGCUCGACAUGGACCUGCCUGACGAGGUGAUGGAGCACCCGGCGAUCGUCGAUCUGACCACGGGGGCCAUUGAUAUGCUGAUCCUAGGCAACGAUAUAUGCUCGUACAACGUGGAACAAGCACGAGGGGACGAUGCACACAACAUCGUUACUGUCGUCAUGGACGAGCUCGGUACGGACCUGCAUGGGGCGAUGGAAUGGGUCGCGGAAAGGCAUCGCAUUCUCGUUGGUCAGUUCCUGGAGCGCUUCGGACGACUUCCUUCGUGGGGCCCAGAGAUCGACGCUCAGGUUGCGCGCUACGUCGAUGGGUUGGGCAAUUGGGUCCGCGCGAACGACUCGUGGAGUUUCGAGAGUCAGCGGUACUUCGGUCUGGACGGGUUGGAGAUCAAAGAGAGCCGGUGGGUGCAGUUGCUGCGGAAGGUCUCCACGCCGAAGCUUGGGGCCAGGAAAGAACUCGUAUACUCCGAUAUCAGAGUGCCACCAGUCAGCUUCGUGCUCGUAUCCAUUUGCUUAUUUAUCGUCGCCCUGAAUGUCUGA